GAUAUUGCUCCUACGCUGUUGGAGCUGGCACCACCAAACUAUGGCUAACACGGCCGGUCGACUUCAAGAGCAGUCCGGCGGUAUAAAUUGAAGGCCAAUUUCCUCUCAGACAUGUCUUAUUCAACAGCACACAGCAAGACUCCUCCCUCCUCACAGAUCACAUUUCUCCCACCGGUUCUCUCCAGCUCCUCUGCUCUAUCAAGAUGAAGACCAGUGCUCUCCUGACUGCUGGCCUUUUGGCUACCACUGCUAUGGCUGCUCCUCUCACGGCCAAGCGCCAGGCUGCUCGCGCCAAGCGUGCCGCAGGCCGCCAGAGCAACCCUCCCUUCAAGCCCGGCACCAACGAGGUCCUUACUCUCAAUGGCACCAAGAACGUGGAGUACAGCUCCAACUGGGCCGGUGCGGUCCUCAUCGGCACCGGCUACACUGCCGUGACCGCCGAGUUCACCGUGCCCACCCCCUCCGUGCCCUCUGGAGGCUCGGACCGCGAGGAGUACUGCGCCUCGGCCUGGGUGGGCAUUGACGGUGACACCUGUGGCACUGCCAUCCUCCAAACCGGUGUCGACUUCUGUGUCCAGGGCUCCUCCGUGAGCUACGAUGCCUGGUACGAGUGGUACCCCGACUAUGCCUACGACUUCAGCGGCAUCUCCAUCUCCUCCGGCGAUGUCAUCAAGGUCACCGUCGAUGCCAGCAGCAAGACCGCCGGUACCGCCACCAUCGAGAACGUCAGCACUGGCACCUCUGUGACCCACACCUUCACCGGUGGUGUGGAUGGUGACCUGUGCGAGUACAACGCCGAAUGGAUUGUCGAGGACUUCGAGGAGGACGACUCUCUGGUUCCCUUUGCCGACUUUGGCACUGUCACCUUCACCGACUGCACUGCGACCAAGGAUGGAUCCUCAGUUGGCCCGGCUGAUGCCACCAUCAUUGACAUUGAGCAGAGCUCGGUCCUGACCUCGGUUUCGGUCAGCGACAGCGAGGUCGUUGUCAAGUAUGUUUAAGUGAUUCGGCACGAGACCCUUCUGCACGGAUGGUGGACCCUGCCUUGAGCAGUUGGGCGGGGCGCCUAUGUGGGACGAGCUUCCUCCGCCGGACUACGGG